UAUAGGCUCUAACUUGGUGACUAGGCCCCCUCAUCGAUGAAGAAGAACUGAUGUCAUGUCACGGCGAGUGCAUUUAUUCUCUUCAACAACGCGCGUACAUGCGUCACAGUUUUAGCGUCACUCUUUCUGGUGUCUCAGCUUCCACCUUCCUAUUUUCGGCGUUAAUUUUUCCAAAUCCAAAAUCACAAUCACGCUGCGUGUGACUCUGUCUCCUCUCCACACUAUAAUACGACAGUUACACUCUUCACACAAAUUUUCAACAACACCAAAACGUAACGGUCAAAUUUUCGCUCCCAUUUUUUCAAUUCAUUCAUUAAAUUAAAAUCACUCACAAAAAAAAAAAAAUCACGCUCGCGUUUUCUUCUCUGGUUCUACAUUAGCUUAAUUUUUUCUAGGGUUUAUUUCUCAGCGAUGAGUUUCGUACAUUUUGCAUUUGAAUUUUGAAAGAAAAAAAUGGUAACUGCAAUUUCAACUACGAAAAACACGAAGCGAGCACCAACACCAACUAGGCCACCGUUGUUACCUUCUGAAUCGGACAAUGCAAUUGCUCCGCCGCGAAAACCAAAAGCACGAGAAGUUACUUCUCGUUACAUGUCUUCAUCUUCUUCGUGUUCGUCUUCGUCUUUUGUGUCGCCACCGAUAAGAAGCAAUUCACCGUUGGUGACAAGGACGGUGAAUUUAAACAGACAGAAAUCGACGCCGAGUUCGGCGACGACGGUUACGGUUACGCCGUUGAUGAAGCGGUCUCAGUCGGUGGAGCGGAGAAGGCAAGGAACUCCGAGACCUAACGGUGAGACUCCGGUUGCUCAGAAAAUGCUAUUUACUUCGACUCGGAGUUUGUCUGUUUCGUUUCAGGGAGAAUCGUUUCCGUUCCAGGUCAGUAAAGCGAAACCGCCACCGGCGACUCAGAGUUUGAGGAAAGGUACGCCGGAGAGGAGGAAGGUUACGGCGGCGACGGUGACAACACCGACAAUUGGAAGAGGAAGAAUGAACGGAAAUUCUGUUCAAACAGAGAAUUCAAAUUCAAAUUCAAAUUCGAUUUUGAAGUCGAUGGAUCAGCACCGGUGGCCGGCGAAAUCAAAACAGAAUCAACCGAAUUUCAUGAAUAGAAGCUUGGAUUGUGGUGUUUCUUUGAGAAAUUCGAAUGGAACUGGAAACAACGUGGUUAGGUCAUUACGGAAUUCGUUAUUGGAUCCUCGAGCUUCUCACGAUGGUACAUUGAGAUUGGAAAGCAACAAAAAUUGUGGAUCUGAGCCUGAGAUUGAAACUGAGCUUGUUCCAUCUGAUAACGAAAGUGUAACUUCUGGUAGUUCGUCAGGCGCACAGUGUAAUGGAGGAGGACAGCCGCAACGAGCUUCUCGAGCGAUUGUUGUACCGGCGAGGUUCUGGCAAGAGGCUACUAAUCCAUUGCGGCGCCAGGUGGAUCUUCCGUCUCCGAAAAAUGGAAACAAAUUGAUAAUUCCUCCAAAGCUUUUGGUUCAGAAAAAAUCAGUGUUGGAUAGUCCUGCAAUGUCUCCAAGAGGAACUGUGAAUAAUCGACUGCAAGGUUCUCCUAUUCGUUCUGCGGUUCGUCCUGUUUCUCCGAGUAAGCUAGCUACACCGUCACCAUGGUCUCCUUCGCGCGGUGUGAGUCCUUCUCGAGGAAGAAACGGCGUUGCGAGUAAUUUGAGUAGUAGAUUUGUUAAUGAGCCUUCUGUCUUGAGUUUUGCUGUUGAUGUUCCGAGGGGGAAGAAUGGAGAGAACAGGAUUGUCGAUGCGCAUUUAUUAAGACUCCUGCAUAACAGGCUCAUGCAAUGGCGUUUUGUGAAUGCUAGAGCAGAUGCUUCCCUCUCUGUGCAGACAUUGAAUGCUGAGAAAAGCCUCUAUGAUGCUUGGGUAGCUACAUCCAAACUACGGGAAUCUGUUAUAGCCAAAAGAACAGAAUUACAGAUGCUGAAGCAACAUUUCAAGCUAAUAUCCAUCCUGAAUGAGCAAAUGAUCUAUUUGGAAGAUUGGGCUAUUCUGGAUCGGACGUACUCUGGUUCCCUCUCAGGAGCAACUGAAGCGCUAAAGGCCAGCACCCUACGCCUUCCUGUUUUUGGUGGUGCCAAGAUUGAUCUACUGAAUUUGAAGGAGGCUAUUUGCUCAGCAAUGGAUGUGAUGCAGGCCAUGGCAUCCUCCAUAUGCCUACUGUUACCACAGGUUGUACAUGUAAAGUCGCUGGUGGUUGAAGUUGUUAACUUAAGUGCAAAGGAGCGUUGUUUGCUUGAUGAGUGCCAAGAUCUUUUGUCAAUGAUUAGAACUAUGCAGGUCAGAGAGAGUAGUCUGAUAUCUCAUACUAUACAAAUGAAAUGCUUACCUAGAAGUCAGCAAUGAAAAUGACAAGUAAAUAACUAUAUUGUCUGAUCUGCUCUCUUUUUGGUGCUAACAUCAUAACAUAGGAGUGGUUAGUUAGUUUGGUCCUGAAUUCAUUACAUGAAACGGUCUUGAUUGAUUAACAGAGUGAAGAUUGCAAAGAGUGAGGAUUGGAAUUUGUCGUUCUUCAGGUGGAAGUUUGCAUAAAGUUUUUUUUUUGUUCUUAUAUCCUUUAAUUGUCAAAUGAUGUAUAUAAACUGUGUAGCAUUUUACUAUAUGUUAAUUGAUUUUUUGUUAUUAUAAUUAGAGAAAUACUCUCUCUCUCUCUCUCUCUCUCACUCUCUCUCUCUCACAACAAAUUAACAAAAUGCUAAUCAAAGUAGAACUGGUAAUAAAAACAAAAUUUGUUUUGAAGGGAAGGGUAGGGAAUAAGAAAUUAAAAAGCAAAAUUUGGUUAACAAUGCUUAUACACUUGAAUUGAGAUCCUUAACUAAAUUGAGUUCUCAACGUCGGUACAAAUUCUAAAUCUGAAACUCCAAAUCGAGAUAUGUUAGAUAAGAGUUCACUAAAACUUAGGGAUAAAUGACAUACUCACCUUCGAAGAGUGAGGAGAGAAUAAGAUAUCGAUUGAAGAUGGAGGAGGACGAGAUUAAUUGGAUACCAAUGACGACUACAAGAUGAAUUGAGACGGAGGACGAUAUGAAUGACCAGCGAUAGAGACGACAAGAUCAGUCGUAGACAGAGGUUGACUUGCAUAACUUUGUAAUAUGUAUGGCUUAUUCUUUUGAUUGGAUGAAGUGGUUCCUCCUAAAGAUAAAGUAAUUGAACCUGUUGUGAGUAUAUCUGCUGCAAUUGGAAAAGAAGAAAAAUGGGUGAUUGAGAUUAUGCUCAAAUAAAGGUGUUGAAAUUGAACUUAGAAUGUUUCGAUUUUGUGUCACUUUGAUGUGCUUUAUUUUGCUAAUUGUUAUGUUGUAUUUCAAGUGUAAGUUGUGAUGUUAGUAGGAUCAAAUAAUGAGAAAGUGUUUGGGAUUUAGAGU